GAAGCCCCGCCCGGGCGGUGGAGCCCGUCUCGCUCCCUCCACAGCCCCUGCUGCAGAACCGCACGUCCACCUCGUGAGUGGUUUUCCAGACACUGUUCAUGCUUUGGGGAUGGCAACGCCUUGUGUUCCGUCCGAUCUGUGCCGAGCAGUAGGUGUCUUCGGGAAUUGCCUCUGUUUGCAGCCUUUCCCUGUCUCAAAUGCGCGGUCAAGCUGCGACCAGGAGCCAGCUCCAAAUAAGCAAGAGUUCCGACUGUUGUGAAGUUCAUAACAACAUUAAAUCAGUCCUUGGGAAGUAGUAGAAUAUGCAUAAUAUUUCUGGGAAAGUCGAUACAGGGCGCUAGCAGCAUGAUCUUAGAAGGGGAUUCAGAGACCACCUUUGAUGAGGAUUCCCAGCCUAAUGACGAGGUGGUACCGUACAGUGAUGAUGAAACGGAGGACGAGUUGGACAGUCGGCAGCCUGCAGUUGAACCAGAACAAAACCGAAUCAAUGGAGAUACCGAGGGGAGCUGUGAGCCAUUGAAAAAAGACUGCAUCUGGCAAGUUAAAGUGAACGAUCACCGCUUCUAUGAGCAGCCCCGGUUCAAGAGAACGAUAUUCCUGUGCUUCAAAAAAAGCAAAUACGCAGGAAAUGCAAUCAGGACAUACAAGUACAACCCCAUCACCUUUUUACCCCUGAAUCUGUUUGAGCAGUUCAAGCGAGCAGCCAACUCCUACUUCCUUGUUCUUCUCAUUCUGCAGUCGAUUCCCCAGAUAUCCACCCUGGCAUGGUAUACAACACUGGUGCCCUUACUCUUGGUGCUGGGAAUAACUGCAGUCAAAGACCUUGUCGAUGACAUUGCUCGUCACAGGAUGGACAACGAGGUUAAUAACAGGACAUGCGAAGUCAUCAGGGAUGGAAGGUUCAAAAACACAAAAUGGAAAGAUAUUAAAGUUGGUGAUAUCAUUCGUCUGACGAAAAAUACUUUCGUUCCUGCUGAUAUUUUGCUGCUGUCCAGCUCGGAACCAAACAGUCUCUGCUAUGUAGAGACAGCAGAACUGGAUGGUGAGACUAACUUAAAAUUCAAGAUGGCCCUUGAGGUAACACACAGAUAUCUUCAAGAAGAAAGCGCAGUGGCAGCCUUUAAUGGUCUAAUUGAAUGUGAAGAGCCAAAUAACCGCCUGGAUAAGUUUGCAGGAACGUUAUUCUGGAGAAACAUGAGUUAUCCCCUGGAUGCCGAUAAGAUUUUGUUGCGUGGAUGUAAAAUCAGGAACACAGACUUCUGCCACGGAGUGGUUGUAUUUGCAGGUGCUGAUACAAAAAUAAUGAAAAAUAGUGGAAAGACAAAAUUUAAAAGGACCAAAAUUGACUCCCUUUUGAAUUACAUGGUUUAUACUAUCAUUGUCCUCCUCAUCCUGCUGUCGGCCGGCCUUGCCAUUGGCCACACUUACUGGGAGCAGCAAAUCGGCAACUCCUCAUGGUACCUCUACGAUGGAGAAGACUUCAGUCCUCCAUAUCGUGGCUUCCUUAACUUUUGGGGCUAUGUCAUUGUUUUGAACACCAUGGUUCCAAUUUCCCUCUAUGUGAGCGUUGAAGUGAUCCGUUUGGGCCAGAGCUAUUUCAUAAACUGGGACUUACAGAUGUAUUACCCAGAGAAGGACACAACCGCCAAGGCCAGGACCACUACGCUGAAUGAGCAGCUGGGGCAGAUCCACUACAUCUUCUCGGACAAGACCGGAACACUCACACAGAACAUCAUGACCUUCAAAAAAUGUUGCAUAAAUGGCCAAAGAUACGGAGACUGCCGGGAUGGAGCAGGGCAACUUCAGGGCUACCCAGAGCAAGUGGAUUUCAGCUGGAACACGUAUGCAGAUGGGAAGUUCUCGUUCUGUGAUCACUACCUGAUAGAGCAAAUAAAAUCUGGAAAGGAGCCAGAGAUUCAAAAGUUCCUUUUUCUGCUUGCAGUUUGUCACACGGUCAUGGUUGAUGCUUCUGAUGGUCAGCUCAAUUACCAAGCGGCUUCCCCAGAUGAAGGGGCCCUGGUUAUGGCAGCCAGAAACUUCGGUUACGUUUUUCUUUCACGAACACAAGAUACCAUCACUAUCAGUGAAAUGGGGAUCGAGAGAACGUAUGAUGUCCUGGCUAUCUUGGAUUUCAACAGCGACAGGAAACGGAUGUCAGUCAUCGUAAGAGAAUCAUGUGGAAAUAUCAGGCUGUAUUGUAAAGGGGCUGAUACAGUGAUUCUUCAGCGGUUGCACCCAAAGAAUCCAAAGAGAGAAGCUACAGAAGAAGCACUGGAUAUCUUUGCCAGUGAAACCCUUAGGACGCUCUGCUUGUGCUACAGAGACAUCAGUCACGAGGAGUUUGAAGCGUGGAAUAAGAAGUUUGUGGAGGCCAGUGUAGCUACGAUGAAUCGUGAUGAAGCUCUGGACAAAGUAUAUGAGGAAAUAGAAAAAAACUUGAUUCUGCUUGGUGCGACAGCUAUUGAAGACAAGCUACAGGAUGGAGUUCCAGAAACUAUUUCCAGGCUUUCUAAAGCAGACAUUAAAAUCUGGGUGCUUACCGGUGACAAAAAAGAAACUGCUGAAAAUAUUGGUUUUUCUUGUGAACUCUUAACAGACGAAACAAAAAUCUGCUACGGAGAAGACAUCAGUGCUCUUCUUCAAACUAGGCUGGAAAACCAGAGGAACAGAGCUGGCUCAAGUCCACUUUCCAGGAACGAGCCCUUCUUCCAGGGUAGCCAAGAUCGGGCUUUGAUCAUCACUGGGUCCUGGUUGAAUGAAAUCCUGCUAGAGAAGAAAAAGAAGAAAAAGAAACUUAAACUCAAAUUCCCCAGAACAGUGGAAGAAGAGAAGAAGCAGAUGGAGAAGAAAAGAAGGGCUGAGGCAUACAAAGAACAGCAGCAGCAGAAUUUUGUUAAUCUGGCCUGCGAGUGCCGCGCUGUGAUCUGCUGCCGAGUGACCCCGAAGCAGAAAGCCAUGGUAGUGGAGCUCGUGAAGAAGUACAAGAAAGCCAUAACUCUGGCUAUUGGGGAUGGCGCCAAUGACGUCAACAUGAUUAAAACUGCCCACAUUGGAGUUGGAAUCAGCGGCCAAGAAGGGAUGCAAGCCGUCAUGUCGAGUGACUACUCAUUCGGGCAGUUCCGCUACCUCCAGAGGCUGCUGCUGGUCCACGGGCGAUGGUCUUACAUCAGGAUGUGCAAGUUCUUAAGAUAUUUUUUCUACAAAAACUUUGCUUUUACACUGGUCCACAUCUGGUAUUCAUUCUUCAAUGGCUUCUCUGCCCAGACUGCGUAUGAGGACUGGUUCAUCACGCUGUACAACGUGUUGUAUUCCAGUCUCCCAGUUCUGUUGGUUGGCCUGCUUGACCAGGAUGUGAGUGACAAGCUGAGCCUGCGGUUCCCCAGCCUGUAUAUCUCGGGACAGAAAGAUUUACUUUUCAACUACAAGAAAUUCUUUAUAAGUUUGCUUCACGGAGCUGUAACGUCUCUGAUCAUCUUCUUCAUACCCUAUGGGGCCUACCUUAAAACCAUGGGGCAGGAUGGAGAAGCACCUUCAGAUUAUCAGUCUUUUGCUGUCACAGUAGCAUCUUCUCUUAUAUUUGUCGUCAAUUUUCAGAUUGGCUUGGACACAUCAUACUGGACUUUUGUUAAUGCUUUUUCAGUGUUUGGGAGUAUUGCACUUUACUUUGGUAUCACAUUUGACUUCCACAGUGCUGGAAUCCACAUUCUCUUUCCGUCUGCCUUUCAGUUCACAGGAACGGCUCCAAACGCUCUGAGACAACCCUACCUCUGGCUGACCAUGAUUUUAUCUAUCGCUGUUUGCUUACUGCCCGUCGUGGCCUGGCGUUUCUUGUCCACGACGAUUUGGCCCUUGGCAAGUGAUCAAGUCCAGAAGAACCGGAAGAAAUACCUGGUAGAAGAGCAACAGUGGAAGCGCAGGCAGAGUGCUUUUCAUCGAGGGAUAUCUGGCCGUCGUUCUGCUUACGCCUUCUCCCACCAGCGCGGAUAUGCAGAUCUUAUUGCUUCAGGACGCAGCAUACGGAAAAAACGGGCACCUUUGGACGCUGUCCUCGGCAGCAGUGCGGCUGAAGUCAGAGGUGCUGGUGGAACCAGCUGAUCCACUGUACUUGGGAGGAGCUUUUUAUCCCAAGGAUUGCACAAAAACCUUUUUUAACCCAACUCAGGAUACUUGUUUUAACCAAAUGGCAUGAGGAUAUGGAGAUUUUAAUGUUUUAUCAUAGGCCUUCCUGGUCGUGGAAUACUGGCAACACAGAAAGUCCAAGAGUUCCCACAGAGCUACUCGUCCUUGUGCAGCUGAUGUCAGGUUAAUGUGAAAGUGAAGGAUGUGUGCAGGGGUACGAAACCUCAGCGGUGUGAUUUUUUAGUGAUGCCUGGAAUUGCAGACUUUGCUCCCAUUUUAAUAACCCAUUAAUGUAAAACUACAGCUACGUUUCAUGUCGUGUCUUUGGAAGCAAAUUUCUUGGUUUCCUGCCCUAUUUCAUUACACAGCACUGCGUGAUGGCAGAUGGGAUCAGUCCCCGGGAGGGCCAGGAUGUUCUUUGUGUCCUGUCAGCGUGCGUGAUGUGCUGUUAUUCCUUCCCUGAUUUCCCCUGGAAUAAGGAAUCAGUAGUUACCAGAAGGGUUUUCCUCACUUCCGCUUUCUUUCUCGGCCCACCUCUUUCCACCUCUGGAGGUGGAAAACCUACCCAGUCUGCUCACGAGCAACAGUGUCCGGUCUCUGGGAAGCGGCCCUUGGAGCUGGCAGUUUGCUUGCUUUAGUUUUAGAUAAAGCAGGCGAUAACAGGGAACUGGAAAGCAGAUGCUUGUAGAUGGACGUGCCAGUGAGUCACUCGUAGCAUAUAAAGUGUUUUAAGGGUUUCCAUGUUUGCACAGACUUUAGCACUUCAGUUGAGGCGUAUGGAUUUUAUAUACUCCCAAAGCCCAGGCUUGAAUGGUUUUAUUGGAAAAAUCAGGAUCUACAGCUCCUGUGCAAUGGGAUGUACAUUUCAUCAGUUAAAUGCAAAUAA